ACUCAUCAUUAUUUACCUGCUCACAUUCAUUAGAGCCACCAUGGUUUUACAUGUCAGUUUCCAUAAACUCUCAUAUUUUUACAGUCUUGUUGUGAUUUCAGGUGUAACUUUAAAAUUAUUUCCAGAUGUCGUGAGUUUAGUGUCAAAUAAAACAACAGUCUCAUCUGUUUUUAUCUGCAGAACAAAGUGGAACCGAACAGUUGACGGUGGACCAGGUGGAUUCUUCUCAGAGGAGACGUCCUCUGAGAGCAGCAGUGAAGAGACACAACAGCGUGAAGAAGAAGACUCCAACCUGGGAGAAGGAUGUGAGCCUUUUAUCAGAAUGAAGGCGAUCCCAGCGAGCAACGCUCCGCCUUCCUCUGGUCCUCUAAAACUCUCCACCACAGGUUCCUGUGAGAGGAAGGAAAAGUCCUGCAGCAGGUCCCGUUCAAGCAGCUUUCCCUCGCCCACUCAUCAACCUUCUGCAGAAAGCAGAGCCCUAAAAAGAUGUGGAAGUUUCUCUGCCGGGAACCUGAGCAGCAGCUUUGAGGAGUUCACACCUGCCUGCACUGAUGAGUCUGCUGGUGAAAGCUACAGGUUCCAGUGCUCCCGUCCAGGUCAGUACCAGUGCAGAGAGACGGCUCUGGUGUUUCACAUGAAGGACGGAGGCCAGGUUCUGUACAGGAUCCUUCCUUGGAGCAGGAGCCAGCUGAGCCCACAUCACAAGAAGCCUGCAGGACCCCUGUUUGACAUCAGGUGUGUGAAGGAGGGGUCCAUGUGUCAGCUUCACCUCCCUCACUGUGAGAUCCUCUCCACAGGGGGAUGUCGCUUCUUGUCGGUCGCUCACGUGAAGGAUGAUGGCAUCCAGUUCAUCAGACCUCAGAAGAUAACAGAAACUCAUGUUGUCAUCAACGUCACAGGGUUUUCUUGUUACGGUAACGUCAUAGAUGAAGCCUCUCCCUCUGUUCCGAUCCGAGCGUUGGUUCUGCCGUUCUACAAGCCUCCACAGGGUCCAGAAACCAAAUACCGCAUUGCUGUGCUGUUACUUCCGAAAAAUGUUUGUCUUAAGCAUGUGAAAAAUACCAGGAAGGAAUUAUUUGGAGAUGAGACGUACAUAGAGACCCCCCCUCACUGUAAACUGAACCCCCAGCAGGAUUACUCUCUGACCACCAGUCCUGGAGGAGACUCAGUUGAAGUCCAGCCUACAGAUGCUGAAUUUGAUCAAGAGUACGAUGACAAUUACUUCCCAGCAUUCCAUGUGACUUAUGAAAACAUGUUGGAACAUAUCCAACUGUUUCUAAAGGACAACGCCUCCCUCAGCGUCUGGGAAAGACAAGUUUCUCUUCCUUCCUCUGGAUUACAACGGUCUGUUAGAUCAGCCCGUCUGCGUCUCCCUACAGCCGAACGUCUGCUGGAAGUCCGGAGCAGCCUCGUUGAGAGGAUCUCAGAAUCUAACCUCCUGAAACUGCUGGACAAACUCCUGGAGAGACGUGUCAUCAAUUAUGAUGAGUUGGAGACGGCAAAGGAGAAGACAAACAGAGGAGAGAGAACUCGCUGUGUUGUUGAUACGGUAAGGUUUAAAGGUCAAAAGGCCAGUUCAGAGAUGAUUGAGAUUCUCAAUGACCUGGACCCGUUCCUCUGUGGAGAUCUGGCCUUGAUCUGAAGAGCAUUACUGCCCCCUUAAACUGCACGUGUGUGGAAGCUGCAUCAUGAUUUCCAGGAAGGAGUUUUGAUCCCAACUCUUGCCAUCAGAAAUAUCUGCUCAACUAAUCACCACAGAGGGUUUUCUCUGAAACAGCUGUUCUAAAUCUCCUGGAAUCAACAUUCCUGGGAGGUUUACCAACAUACAUGGUGCAUCUCUGCAGGAUGGAGGUUUCUUUCCAGUAGCAAGUUGCUUUAUGGAGCCUCAGCUGUUGGUAAGUGUCUGCAUUGCCAGGAACGUCCCUCCAACAAAAAUUAUGGGAAAGUUCUGCAAGGCAAAGACGAGGUCCUGCCUCAUGUUAAGUGUUAACUCGGUUCUUCAGCAGAAGAUGAUCUGCAGCCUCCUGACGUUCCCUCACACUUCUACACUUCUAAUUCAUGUUGAUCGUUGCUGUUUAUGCAAAAGCAGCAACAGAAACUCAGCAACCAUCUCAGCUCCUUCAGGUUCAUCUCCUCGUUGCUGGUUUUGUCUUCUUGGUUCUUCUUCAUCGUCUGUUUCAUUCACUGCAGUGGUGGCUGGCCACCAGCAGAAGUGGCACACUACUGCCACCUAGUGGUCCUGAGCAGGACUUUGCUGAGCCAGCGGAUCCUCCCAGGUCCAGCCCUGUAAUGGACACAUGACAGCUGAAAAGACGGAGGAUCUGGUCGGUACCGUUACCUUCCAGCCUUCCAGCUUUUAUCCUGAACGGAUGCUGAUGGAAACCCACUCAUCUGACUAUACUUGGCCUCCAACUCAAGACGCUUUCUGUUUCCAGGGUGUAAUGUGUCUCUCCAGUCCAGUUGUGUCUUAAUCUUGGUACUUUUCUUGUUUUCUAACUCUUCAGACAGAUAAGAUGGAUGUUUGAUACCAACUAUAAACAUGUAUCUUUAACAUGAAUUAACUGUAGCUGUGAACUUAUUUUGUGGACGUGUUGUUUUCCCACAGAAAUAUAUUUGAUCAUACAAAGACGUCAUAGUUCUUUCCUGCAGCUCAUAAAAGAACUUGUUGCUCAACAAGAUGUUUUUCUGUUACCUUUUAAGGUAAAAGCAGCAAAUGAAAGGUCUUAACCUGUUCACCCCGAGGGAUUUUGGAGGUGAAUUUCACCUGAAGAGGCCUAUCCAAAUUAAAUCAACAAUAUCUCCACAAUUAUAAGGACAAUAUGCAUAAUCUUGGUCUCAAUGGAUAGUUAAGACCUCCCAGCAUGCAUUUCCAGUGUCAGAAACAUUGUGAAUGUUCACAUGUCUUAGCAAAUUGUGAUAAAACAAAGAAAAAAUUAAAAUUUUUAUUCUCAUUUUUUUCAGUGGAAAACACCAUGAUAGCAAUGCAUAUAAUUAUAAAGACACCACUGUCUGGAUUCAGCAACUCCUUGACUACAACUGUACCAAGUUACAUGAGAAUAGCUUAAAGCACAUGGAUUUUAUAAAGGUUUUAGUGUGGAUAGUACCAGGCGGAAUACCUGUCAAGUUUUGGAUUUAAAAAUACGGGUCAUUUUCCCGCCGCUGUCCCAGCAGCUCAACCGAGGUCCAGUAUCUUACAUUUAAGACAGAUUUAGGAGAAAUCCAAAAUAACAAGCUGUCAACCACUUACAAACUACAAUUAUGUGCUCGUAGCUUGAUAGGACGGCCUUUGUUGACACUGAAAUGCUGUGUACUUCCUAUGUAUGUAAUUCCUACAAUAGAACCUAAAUGAAAACACAAAGGGGAAUUAAAGCACAUUUAUUUUUUUAUAUUUUCAGUUUAUAUACACAUUGAUUGUCUUCAAGUGAAACAUUUACAUUUUCUUUUAAUUUGUCAUUUUCACUCAUGUGGCUCUCUGGCCUUCACUGACUGAUGACACAGACGCACGUUUCUCUCCUGCUUAUCUUUAGGAAAGUAAAUUCAGUUUCCCAUUUUUAGAGAUAUUAACACGAAGUCUUUGCUUUUUGUGCAGAAAAGUCUUCUCUCUCUGGUUACAUCCAUCCAGCUCUGAUUUGUUGU